UUUUUUUGUUCAUGGCCUCAUUUGUUUCAGGAAUUUUCUGGGCCUCACCCUCCAGAAUUUCAACCAUGGUGUGGGCCCUGACAUUGGUAUGAGGAUCCAAAGGGUGUAAGUCCAAACAAUGAAGUCACUUGGAAAUGAGCUUCAAUUGGAGGAUUUCCUGGUUAUCUUCCAUGUGGACAAGAUGUGCCUUUAUUUGCUUAUUCAGUAAAUAUCUAAAUAUCAGGAAAAGGACAGGGUGAAGGGAGUCCAAAGAAAAAACCCAAAUCACUGCCUCUAAGUAGCACUUAAAGUGUGUGUAUAUGCCUGUUAUCUGAGUGUUUAGAUGACGGAGGAGUACCAGUUGUCUAAAAAAUUAUUUUUUAAUUACAUUUUGUAAUCAGAGACUCCACUUCUAUUCCACCAUUCCUAGUAUCUGCUUUUAACUUUGAGGUGUGUGUGGCAAUAGUGGUGAGAAGGUGCCUGCAAAAGUACUGAAGGGUAAGUUUGCCAGGAAAACUCAAGAGGGCUUUCUAUGUGAAACCAGUAUCCGCAGCCUGGGGCCAGGAGAGGUCGCUCAUCUUGCUGGAAACUGCAGUGCCCCCAGCAUAUAUGUUCCCAGCCAGCCCUGCACUAAAUUGGGUCACAUAACCAGACGUGGCUGAUCUCAUAGGCUGGUAAGUUUAACGUGGAAAACUGGCAAAUGAACAGCAUUAGGUCCAGUUCGGUUACCCGGAAGGAACAAGGUUCGCGCUGAAGAGUCACUGGUCAGCCAGAACGGAAGCGGUAGACGGAAGUGGUUCCUGGUACCAAGAGCCAGUUGGGCCUCUGCUGAUGCAGGGUCUGAGCAGCUUCGGUUGGGAGCCUCAACCCUUCGACCCGUCCUGGGACUGACUCCUGGGUCCCCUUUACAGUUUCAGGGGUUCUGAGCUUGGGAAAGGGCCAGAAAAACCCAAGUAGCAGAGAAAAACCACAGGCACGCCGAGAAGCGCGCAGAGCCCUUCUCCCCUCCUCCGAUGGGUAGGGGUUGUCCUGAUUCUUGUCUGUGAUUGGCGGAUUCCGGGGCCGGGCCCUGACCGCCACUCAAUGGCUCCUGUGGGCGGGGCCUGGGAACUGCGGGAGAGGCCUAGGAGCCGGUAGCUGCUGGAGCCUUCAUCUCCCGGCGGUAAGUGCUGCUCUGGCUGGGCCAGUCUCUGCUGACGCUGCGGAUACUCGGCAGUGGGAACCCGGCGUCUCCACUUUCGGCUUUCGCUGUGGGGCGCUAGUGCAGACUAAGAAGGAGCCUUCACCACCUCUGCCUGGUUUUGUUCAUGUUCUGAGGAGGGUGUGAGAAGGAGCCAUGGAUCCUGCAGCACUGGUGGAAGCCGUUGUAGAAGAAGUGGCCUGUCCCAUCUGCAUGACCUUCCUGAGGGAGCCCGUGAGCAUUGACUGUGGCCACAGCUUCUGCCAAGGCUGUCUCUCCGGACUCUGGGAGGUCCCAGGGGAAUCCCAGAACUGGGGUUACACAUGUCCCCUCUGCCGGGCUCCUGUCCAACCAAGAAACCUGAGGCCUAAUUGGCAGCUGGCCAAUGUGGUAGAAAAAGUCCGUCUGCUAGGGCUGCACCCAGGAAUGGGGCUGAAGAGUGAUGUGUGUGAACUCCACGGAGAACAGCUAAAGGUGUUCUGCAAAGAGGAUGGCCUGAUCACAUGUGAGGCCUGCCGCCAGUGCCCUGAGCAUAAGGCCCACAGUGUUGUGCCCAUGGAGGAUGUCGCCUGGGAGUAUAAGUGGAAACUGCAUGAAGCUCUGGAACAUCUGAGGAAAGAGCAAGAAGAGGCCUGGAAGCUGGAAGUUGGUGAGAGGAAACGAACAGCCAACUGGAAGAUACAGGUGGAAACCCGAAAGCAGAGUAUCAUGUGGGAGUUUGAGAAGUAUCGGCGAUUACUAAAGAAAAAGCCGCCAGGUCGGCGGCUGGAGGUAGAGGCAGCUGCAGCUCUGGCGAACCUAGAGCAGGAGGAGAGGGAGACCAGGCAGAAACUGGAGCUGAAUCACGAUGCGCUCAACCAGCAGAAUCGGGUCCUGUGGAGGUUGAUUGCAGAGCUCGAAGAGAGGUCUCAGAGGCCUGUUCGCUGGAUGCUGCAGGGUAUUCAGGAAGUCUUAAACAGGAGCAAGUCUUGGACCCUGCAGCGGCCAGAACCAGUCUCCCUGGAGCUGAGGACAGAUUGCCGUGUGCUGGGCCUAAGAGAAAUCCUGAAGACGUAUGCAGCUGAUGUGCGCCUGGAUCCAGACACUGCUUAUUCCCGCCUCAUCGUGUCCGAAGACAGAAAAUGCGUGCACUAUGGAGAUACCAAGCAGAAACUGCCUGACAAUCCUGAGAGAUUCUACCGCUAUAAUAUCGUCCUGGGCAGCCAGUGCAUCUCCUCAGGCCGGCACUACUGGGAGGUGGAGGUGGGAGACAGGUCUGAAUGGGGCCUGGGAGUGUGUAAAGAAAAUGUGGACCGGAAGGAAGUGGUCUAUUUAUCCCCCCACUAUGGAUUCUGGGUGAUAAGGCUGAGGAAGGGAAAUGAAUAUCGGGCAGGCACCGAUGAAUACCCCCUCCUGUCCUUGCUGGUCCCUCCCCGCCGGGUAGGCGUCUUCCUGGAUUAUGAGGCCCAUGAUAUCUCCUUUUACAACGUGACUGAUAACGGCUCCCACAUUUUCACUUUCCCCCACUAUCCCUUCCCUGGGCGCCUCCUGCCCUAUUUCAGUCCUUGCUACAGCAUUGGUGCCAACAACACGGCUCCUUUGGCCAUCUGCUCCCUGGAUGGGGAGGACUGAGAGAGCCAUCAUCUCAUCCAGAGGCCCCGGAAGUUUCCCUGGGCCACAGGGGCCUUGGAGGGCCCUGCCUCUGACCAGGGUCCCCGUGAACUGAGCUGAGCCUAGAAUCCAGGGAUUCCUCUGCCUGGCCCACUGGUCUGCUGCCCCUGGGCCAGUCUCACUAAAGCUCUCAUGUGAAAGAGCUGAGGCUUAGUCAGUGAGCAUUGUGCCUGUGACGGGAGCCUGACAGCGCUGAUGGUGUGGAUCAGAAUGGCUCGCGGCAUCAGGACUUGACCUUUCUGUAGCUCACACGCCUCUUCAGUCCAUGUUGGUGCCAUAAUUAAGUCAGCGAGGAUGAUGAAGCAGAACCAACCUUCGAGAAACCUGUUGGAUAGGGUUUAUCAACAAGCCAGAAGACUGCUGCCCACAUCCUGACGUGACCACUGUGCUGAGACCAGUCUCAGGAGGCCUCAGCUGAGGUUUGCUGUGACUGAGCAACCCAGCUCUCUGACUCCUAACUAGAGAAAUGUAUUGCAGAUUGCCCAGCCCACCCCGGUGGUCAUCCCCUCUGAGCGUGAGCUGGGCACAUCACUCUGUCUCAGAGUCUGAGGAGACCUGUGUCCGGGUCCUGCCUUUCCCUCUGAGCGGCAGGGUCAGAAAACCUGUGAGCCUUGGUUUUAUUCUCACUUUAUGGAUGCGGAAACUGAAAUGGCCUUAAAGCAGCAAGUUAUUUCUCACAAAGCUGUCACGAAGAAGAAGACUGUAAAGAUUAUAAAGUACUUCUCACAUUCAAAUGAAAUGAGAUUGACAGACUCAUGCUUCUUAGGUCACAUGACUGCAUGUCAUUCAUUACAUUUGGGUCUGAAACAUCCCACACGUUUAAAAGAUUUUGUGUCUUCUGGGAAAAUGGGUAGAGUAGCUACAUAUUCUCCUACCUCACAGGGUUGUUGUGAAGAUCUCAGAUCCAUCCCAUUACUUUUGUUCCUUUCUCAGGGACAGAGGAAGAGAAGCCAUGAUUUCUGUCUGUGUAACCUUCCUGUAUCACCUUCUCCUCCAGCAUCUUUACAGCAGGGCUUUUCUGUCUCAAGGCCUCGCCUAGCAGUCAAGAACUCUUUAGACAGAAAGUGGCCGUGCCAGGGGCAAACUCUGGGCCACAGGAACAUAUUGUGCAUCAGUUCUGUGUAUUUGUCUUCUUUGGAUUAGAAUGGGGACUGACCACAGGGUAGAGAAUGGAGAUU